CAACAAUGGCUUCUACUUGUCUGGAUAUGAGCUUUCUUGGGAAUUUUUGCUGCAACAACUGGAGUUUCAGACCUUGUACAAGACUAACACCUUGCAUUUCCCAAGAAAGGAAUGGUUUAUUGCUCGGGAAAAACAAGAACUAUACUAGCUCUAUAGGAUAUAAUGGAGUUCCUUUAACAGAAAUUUCUUGUGUUCCAAGUGCUGCUGCCAGUUCUAGUGAACUUCCUCCACUUGUCAGUGCUUUAAAAGCUUCAGCUGAAGAAAAUGCUGCAAGUUUUCAUUUUCCUGGCCAUAACAGAGGACAAGCAGCACCAUCAUCGUUGACUCAGCUCAUUGGUGCAAAACCGUUUCUUCAUGAUUUGCCUGAGCUUCCGGAGCUUGACAAUCUGUUUUCGCCAGAAGGUCCCAUUUUCGAAGCACAAAAACAAGCAGCAAGACUUUUUGGAGCAUCGGAAACGUGGUUCCUUGUUGGCGGUAGUACAUGUGGAAUUCACGCGGCCAUUAUGGCGACUUGUUCACCUGGAGAUACUCUUAUUCUCCCACGGAAUUCUCAUAUCUCAGCCAUAUCCGCAAUGGUGUUGUCUGGUGCACUCCCGAAGUACAUUGUCCCUGAAUAUGAUUUCAAUUGGGAUGUUGCUGGUGGCAUCACUCCAUCACAGGUGAAUGCUGCAAUCAAAGAGCUAGAAAUGGAAGGCCGAAAAGCAGCAGCCCUUUUGGUUGUCUCCCCUACGUAUCAUGGUAUAUGCAGCAACAUGGAUGAGAUUUGUCAUAUUUGUCAUUCGUAUAAUAUCCCUGUAAUUGUCGAUGAGGCUCAUGGGGCCCAUUUAGGAUUUCAUCCAGACCUGCCUAGCUCAUCCCUCAGCCAGGGAGCUGAUCUUGCUGUACAGUCUACUCACAAAGUUUUGUGUUCGCUUACGCAAUCAUCUAUGUUGCACACGCAAGGAAAUCUUGUAGAUAGAGAAAGAAUCAGCAAAAGCCUACAAAUGCUUCAAAGUAGUAGCCCUAGUUAUCUGCUUUUAGCGUCUCUGGAUGCUGCCAGGGCCCAAUUAAGUGAAAAUAGAGAGGCUAUUUUUGACAAAGCAAUAGACUUGGCAUUGGAAGCAAGAAGCUUGAUUAGUAAAAUUCCUGGAAUCUCAAUCCUCAAGUUUCCAAGUUUCUCGAGUUUUUUCCAGAUCGACCCAUUGCGACUCACCAUUGGUGUAUGGCAGUUAGGUCUUUCAGGUUUUGAAGCAGAUGAUAUAUUGUGCAAUGAUUUUGGUGUUGUUUGUGAACUUGUUGGGACCAAAUCUUUUACUUUGGCAUUUAACUUAGGGACUCAAAGAGAUCAUGUCCUUCGGCUUGUAGCUGGUCUAAAGCAUCUAUCACAAACUUCUCACUUUCCUCAACCUGUGAAAGAUGAAGGCAAAAAUGUCAAUCAUUUUGUAUGCCUUGAUGAUAUUAGAAUAAGCAUGAGCCCUAGAGAGGCUUUCUUUGCUACAAAACGUAAAGUCAGCAUAAGAUAUAGCCUCGGUGAAAUUUGUGGAGAGCUUGUUUGUCCUUAUCCACCUGGUAUUCCAGUGCUAAUUCCUGGCGAGAUCAUCACAGAAGAAGCAUUGAAUUAUCUCCUGGAGAUCAGAAGCAAGGGUGCCGUUAUUACCGGAGCAGCUGAUUUCUCCCUAUCAUCUUUUGUUGUAUGUGUUACCUAAGCAUUCUUCCGUCACCUUUAGUAAGUAGUUGAAGUACAAAUGCGAGUGACUUUGGUGUUAGACCACCCUGCAUUUGGCAUUUGAGAUCUUAGCCUUUCCUAUAUUGCAGGCAGCGGUUUUGGGUAUAGUUUGAGUUCAAAAACAGC